GCAAUUUCGGUUUUUAUAGCUGGGGCGCCGGCCGCUAUUUUAUUCUUUUCAACAUGCUCGCGCGCGGCAGGAAGAUGGGGUUCUGCGGCGCACGAAGCGGCCGAGCCGUCAGGUCCUGGCUGGUCGAGCCCCUCAGGGACAGCAAUCUGCAGCUCUUCGCCCUCGUCGCCGUGUGGAUCGCCAGUAAGAUCCAUGAGAUGAGACCACUGGCAGUGAAGAGCCUCAAGGCGCUCAGCGACCGCAUCAUCGCCGACCAGCAUUUCACGUGCCGUGAUUUCGCUGACGCCGAGCUGGUGUUCAUGGAGGUACAGCUUCAGCGGUAUUGGAUUACAACAUUGGAUGCACAAAAAUUGCUUUCAUACACUUGGAAGAGCUCCUCAUUCAGUUCAGGUUCUUUGAAUCGUUUAAAUCAUUUGCUAAUCGCUGACCAAUGCUCCAAUUUUAAUAGUACUUCUAUUAGGAGCUGUGUUAUAAAUUGAAAGUGAUAGCCUUUAGAACCAACAUAUAUACCUACUGAAUUACUAGUUAGUAAUAAACAUUAAUUGUUUCAUAAACCUGAUGUUCUAUAAGGUCCACAUCCAUUUAUACUGGCCAAUGGAUUAUAUGAGAAACUGCACGACAAACAUGUGGACUAAUAGUUGGUCACUAGAAUUAGAAUCUGUUGCAUUCAAUUCCUCACUCCCCAAGAGCAGUUCACUUAGCUCUCUGUAAGUAUUUACUUCU